AUGAACAUCUGGGCACCUUCUGUCAAGCAUCAAGGCCAGGAACUUCACGCAGUCAUGAUUUUUAUUCAUGGAGGAAGUUAUGACUCGGGAGGUAGUUCGGCUGCUUACUACGAUGGCACGGAUUUGGUACAGAAUCACGAUGUAAUUGUUGUUACCUUAAAUUAUCGCCUCAACGUCUUUGGAUUUCCUAAUUCACCGGAUAUCGACCCUUCCAAGCAAAAUCUCGGACUCCUGGACCAGCGAUUGGCGAUUGAGUGGGUUCAUCAGAAUAUAGCCAAAUUUGGUGGUGAUCCAAAUAGGAUUCUUCUGUUUGGUCAAUCUGCUGGGGCUGCUUCAGUCGAUAUCUAUUCAUAUGCAUAUCCGGACGAUCCACUCGUCAGCGCACUUGCUCUUGAAUCCGGUACCGCUCCAUUAUUGACUACGGCUCCGGAUCAUCAAAAUUGGAAUGGACUGUCUAUUGCUCUUGGGUGUGGCGUAGGAGACAAGUCCUUCAAAUGCAUGAGUCAGGUUCCAAUGAUGAAGAUUGUCGAAGCGAGGGCCAAGGGUGUCUAUACCUUUUUCCCCAUUGUAGAUGAUGUCCUCGUCUUUUCCGACUAUUCCGCUAGAGCUAAAAGCGGGAAACUAGCACGAUUGCCAACGUUGGCAGGGAUUAACGAGCGUGAAGUUACGGCUCUAUUACCACUCAGUCUGACAUCCGUUGAUGAUACAGCAAUCUACAAAACUACUCAAAGGGUAUAUAAUUGUCCCCUCCGGGAUUCUGUGAGGAUUCGGUUGAGCCAGAAUGUACCCAUUUGGAGGUAUCUAUACCAUGGGAAUUUUAGCAAUCUCAGCCCAACUCCAUGGCUUGGAGCAUAUCAUGGUUCUGAGGUACCUCUGAUUUUUGGAAACUAUAAUAUGUCCACGGUGACCCCUUCAUCCAAGGAAGUUGAAGCCAGUCGCUAUAUGCAAGGAGGCUGGGUUGCAUUUGCCAACAACCCUCGUACGGGACUGAGCACAUAUGGAUGGCCCAGGUUUAACUUCGAUGAGCUAACCUUAAUCAAUCUUGCUCUCAAUAAUACGACCCCGGCAAUCUUUACUUUUGCUAGUUCAUGGGAUAAUGAUUGUGACAGUCUCAUUGCUCGAUCUGAGUUAUGA